GAUUAAAAAAUAAACGCAACUAACUAACAGAGAAAAUGUUUAGCAAAAAGUGAGCAAAUGAUGUAGAAAAAAAAAAAUAGGUGGCAAUUAAUUAUUGGAGGGACAGGAAUGGGAUAGAAAAUUGGGGACAGGUGAUUUAAAUGUUUCUAUGAAUUCAACGGUAAAAAAAUUUCAGUUGACUGGUAUAUUUGAAUUCAUUAUCACUGUUUCCUUAUUUCUUCCCUCCUUUACAACUUACAACAGCUGUAUAUAUAUGUACACCAACAACACUCUUCUUAGAAUCCAUUAUCAAGAGUUGUUUCCUUAAUUUCCCUCCCGCCUCCUCUUCCAUUUGAAAUCCCCCAGAAAGAAAGUUGUUAUCUUUGGCUUCCUAGUGACCGUUAAUUUUGAAUUUUAAUUUUACAAUGGCGGCACUGCCUCUGUUUGAUUGUCAUUACGACAUAAACGUGGUCUGUAACGAUGGAGAAGCAGUCUUACAGCAACAACAGCAGCAACAACGGCGGCCAAUAGUGACGACGAAUGAUAAAUUCAUAGCCUUUCAUGUCAACUUUCGCCACAUACUCCUUGAUAUCCACCGCCUCAUCGACAGUCGUCACUACUAUACGGUGGUUCCUUUUGCCCAAUACUUAUCUGAUUAUUUAGCAAUCACUGAAUAUAUUCUGGCUGGAGUAAUGGGCACCCCUUCCAUCCAAAUCCCAUCUUCAUUAACUUCACGAAUUGCUACUGCUUACGUUUUGCCCAUAAUUCAUGAUUAUUAUUCUAAUAACUCCCAAGCUUUGGGUCUCAAUAUCUGUCUCGAUAUCACUGCCCUAACUGCUAGUAUUGAAUACCAACACCAACACCAACACCAACAACAACAAGAGCAAAAUCAGGAGAAUAUAAAUAUUAAUGUCAAUAUUCCUGCAGCGAAAGACUCCGUAAGGGCUCUCAAGGAGUUAAACGAUGUGGGUUUGAUGAGUAGUUGCAAUUGUACCAUAUGUUUCGAGAAGAUGGUGCCGUCGUUGGGUGAUUCGUGUGAUGAUGAUGAUGAUGAUGAGAUUGAGAUGAGCAGCAGAGUGGUUGUUGAGAUGCCUUGUUCUCAUGUGUUUCACAAGGAUUGUAUUGUUCGAUGGUUGGAGACCAGUCAUUUCUGCCCUUUGUGCCGUUACUCAAUGCCCACUGCCAAUUGAUUUCAUCCUCUUCAUCCUAAUCCUAAUCCUAAUCCUAAUCCUAAUCAUAAUCAUAAUAUUACCGUUGUCUAUAGCUACCUACUAUACAUACUGAUCAAUUUUCAAUACUAUAUCUUUGUGUAAUUUUCAAUUUUGUCAUGAUUAACACAUGAAUUGUUCUAAUAUUAGUCCUCUUCUAAAGGGAAAAUGAUAGUGAUAUCUUUUAUUGGACAAGAAUGUAUGUGUUCACUUACUCAUUUGAAUAUAAGUUUGAUUUGUUAUGAUUCAU